GGCGGCCGCUCCCGCCGCGGGCCCAGCCAAGCUUGCAAAGAAGAGCACGGGAUGUGUCACUGGUGAGCACAAGAAGGCCAAGCCCAAGGAUUCCAGGUUGGAAGGCAGCUACAGGGCUGUGCGCCUGAAGGACGAGCCCGGCAUGGGUCUCCACCAGCAGACGGCCCAGGCCUUCUUGUACAAGCACCUCUACGGCCCGGGCUCCAACCGCGUGGAUGCAAAUGAGUUUUUUUCACUUGAAAACAAGAAAAACCCAGUUAAAAAGGCUGCCGUUCAGUUUGUGGACAAGACUUGGGGACUUGAAAAAAAGCAGAAAGCAGCCAAGUUUAAGAAGUGCUGGCUGGCAGCAAACAUGAAGAGCCUUGUGUGAAGAUGACUCUUCCAGGGGGUGCUGUCAGGGCCUUGUACUGAGGGGUAACAUCUCAGCAGCUGCUGCUCAUGAGACUUUUUCACAUCCCUCCUGCUGCACUCUGCAGCGCUUUGGGGUGCAGCGAGUGGCGCCUGCGGCAACUGCC